ACCUUCCGAUGCGUAUGGGAUUUCCAGCCGCGAUGUCUGCAAUAUUCGGCUCUUUGUUUCUGGCUCUAUUCAGCCUGCUGUUGGUCGGUGCCCAGACGGACAUGAAGAAGGUCGUCGGGGACAACGCCACCUUACCAUGCCACUACCAGUUCCCGUCGUCCAACUCUCUCGACAUCGAGUGGCUCCUGCAGAAACCAAACUCCAAACAGAGAGUGAUCAUUACCUUCUUCGGGGGCCAGGUUUACACCAAUGAGGCGACAGGCAGCGAGGCCAGCCGUCUGUCCUUUCCCGGGGAGUACCUGGCCGGGGACGCCUCCCUGAUGAUCAGUGACUUGCUGCUGUCCGACUCUGGUGAAUACUAUUGUAAAGUCAAGACCGGGGGCAAGUACCACUGGAGCCAGGUCAACCUCAUUGUGCUGGUCAAGCCUUCCAAGCCGAGCUGCUGGGUUGACGGCAAAUUCCUGGAGGGCACUGAUGUCAAGCUGAGCUGCAAGUCCAGCGAUGGGUCAGAACCCAUCAACUACAAGUGGGAGCGAGUGCUGGACAAAGGCAAGAGCCUGGGCAAGCUGCCAAACCUGGCACUGAUAGAUCUGAAGAACCCGGAGAUGGUAACCCUGAGGAAUCUCACCAUGGACAACACAGGGUUCUACAGGUGCACAGCCAACAACGACGUGGGGGAGGAGAACUGCACCAUCGAGGUCCCGAUGCAGCGUCCGAGUAACGUUGGUUGGGCGGCGGGUAUGGCGGCGGGAAUAUCCCUCAGUAUCCUCAUUGUCAUAUUAAUCAUCUGGCUCGUCUUCCGGAAGAAAGAGAAGAAGAAGUACGAGGAGGAGGAGACUCCAAACGAGAUCAGGGAGGAUGCGGAGGCUCCCAAGGCCAAGCUGGUGAAGCCCAACUCCCUGUCCUCGUCCCGCUCCGGCAGCUCGCGCUCCGGAGCCUCCUCCACCCAGUCCAUGGUGCACAACAGCGCCCAGCGUGGUCACCGCCCCCGCCCGCCUGCUGUAGCAGCUCUCAAGAAUGAGAAUGGACAGCCUCCAGGCUUCCCCCAGUCCCCACCUGCCUACACUACAGUUGUGCCCCCCAAGAACCCUGAGACCCCUACCACUCCCAAAUUCAACUCCAGGAACAUGUCGGGGCCUACACCCCCAACCCUCAUGGUCCCCGCCCAGACCAAGGCCUUUCAGACUGUGUAG